GUAGUUAGUUACAAAUUAAAGUAUAGGUACGUAGGUAUCUAACCUAUUCAUCUAACCUAUUCAAAUACCACAAUUUAUCAACACACAACACAAUUUCACAUGAUAUACCACAUGAUAUACGAAUAAGAAAGAAAAUAAUAAUACAAAGGAAUUGGUGCUAUAGAGGAAUGCCUGAAGUAGUUGUCCCGCAUAACAAGACUCGAGCCAUGGGUGGUGGCAUUAAGAGAGACCACCAAGGCAAGGAAAAGGUGGCGGAUAGCAGGGCCACUAAGGAUAUGCCUCGCAAUCAGUACACUUCCAUGUUCGAAUCAUUCCGCGACGAAUUGGACGAGCAUCAUGAUCGCCGUAUGAAGAUCGGGAAGGUUUCCCGAGAUGUUACCGCUCUCAGCAAGAAGAUAAUUUUUUCACUGCAACGUGUCCGCAAGCUUAACCAGCCGCUCCCCCCUCGCAUCCAAGCAGACGUCGAUGAGCGUCUAAAGGAGAUAGGAGGACUUCUAACCACCAUUGAGUCAGAUGUAACAGGGAUGAAUCGUUACCGAUAUCCGUUGAUCUGUCUUGAGGAAUUUGUCGAGGCCGUUUCUUUUUCUCACUACCUCCAACACCAAAAGCUUCUCUCACCAUCGCAGGCCCAAGAGGCCCUCCCAGCUGACAUAUCACUGACUACUCCUGACUACCUGUUUGGUAUAUUCGAUCUGACAGGUGAGAUGAUGCGCUUCGCAACCGCCGUCACCGCAUUAAGCGGAAGCAUGCCAGGCUCGAGCACCAAAGGCUCCGACCACGACCGGACGAUCCUGAAUGACCUCCAGGAUAUAAGCUCCAUGCUUCAGAUCUGCCCACCCGCCGGUGGAAAGUCUAGCGUAUACGCCAAAAAGCUGGACAUCAUGAUCGAGCAGGUCCUCAAGGUAGAGAGGGUUGGAUACGGCAUCACAGUACGGGGUAACGAGCGGCCGAAGGGUUGGAUGCCAGACAUGAAUGAGUCUGGUGGGCCCGAGAGGGACCCUGAGGAUGUUUCUAUGGAUUGAUUCAAACUGGUCAGCUGCCUUUUGACUACAGCAUCAAAAGGUCUCUCUUUAGCUCUGGAGUGUAGGGUCAACUACAUCCUCGACUAGGUCCCGCCGUCAUUUCGGGAGACACCAAAACUAAAUAGAGAUAGUGAUGUACUACUUUAUAUGUCGUUUGCAGUAACAACUUAUCUCUCCUGAGGGACUAUUGUCGGGCUACUGAGAGAUGCGACUCAAUACCGCAACUGAUAGCCUUUGCUAGAGAGCCGAACAACAUACUUUAAGAUCUAAGUGUAUCAUUAUUACUUGGACUACUAGCGCAAAUAUGUGCAGAAGUGUCGGAAAUCCUGCUUCUAAAGUAACAUAACAACACACCCCUAUGGGAUAGCGAA